UUAAUCUGUUCAAUGGGUAGCAUGAAAAGCCAAGAAUGCUCCUCCUCCAAUAUCUCUACUACUUAUCACGUGUUCUUGAGUUUCAGAGGCCAAGACACCCGCAAGGCCUUCACUGAUCACCUCUACACAAGUUUGGUGCAGGCAGGAUUUCGUACAUUCAAAGAUGAUGAUGAUAUAGAAAGAGGAGAAAAUAUUAAGUUAGAAUUGCAUAAAGCGAUUCGGGCAUCAAGGAUUUCAGUAGUUGUGUUCUCGAAAGAAUAUGCAUCUUCAAGAUGGUGUCUUGACGAACUUUUGAUGAUCCUCGAAUGCAAGAGGACCUCUAAGCAUAUGGUUCUACCUGUCUUCUACGAUGUCGAUCCUUCUCAAGUUAAGAACCAAACAGGAGGCUUUGCAGAGGCAUUUGCAAGGCAUGAGAAUAUUGAGGCAGAAAAUGAUGUAGUAAACAAUGAAUGGAUGCAUAAGGUAAAAGAAUGGAGGGCUGCACUUAGAGAAGUUGCGGAUUUGGGAGGGAUGGUUUUGCAAAAUCAAGUCGAUGGGCGUGAGUCAAAAUUUAUUCAUAAAAUUGUUAAAGUCAUUGAAGACAAGUUGAACCGCAAGAUUUUGAGCGACGCACCUUCCCUAAUUGGAAUGCAUUCUCGAGUCACGAGCAUUAACUCAUGGUUACAAGAUGAAUCUACUAAUGCCGGUGUGCUUGUAAUUUGUGGAAUGGGCGGGAUAGGGAAGACAACUAUCGCCAAAUUUGUGUAUAAUUUAAAUUACAAAAGAUUUGAAAGUAGUAGUUUUCUUGCAAAUAUCAGAGAAGUUUCAGAGCAACCAAACGGAUUAGUUCGUUUACAAAGACAACUACUUUCGGACAUUUCCAAGAGGAAAAAAGAAAACAUACAUAAUGUUGAUGAAGGAAAUAUUAAGAUAAUGGAAGCCAUGUCAUGUAAAAGAGUUCUUGUUGUUCUUGAUGAUGUAGAUCAAUUGGACCAAUUAGAUGCAGUAAUUGGAUUUAAGGAUUGGCUUCAUCCCGGAAGUAAAAUCAUGAUAACAACUAGACAUGAGCGAUUAAUGCAAGCUCACAAAGCUCAUGAGGUGUAUAAGGUUGAAAAUUUUGAUGAAGCUGAAUCGUUUGAGCUCUUCAGUUGGCAUGCUUUUGGACAAGACCAUCCUAUGGAAGGCUUCAUUGAGCACUCGAAAAGGGUAAUACAAUACUGUGGAGGACUUCCACUAGCUCUUCAAGUUUUGGGUUCAUCUAUGUCUGGGAAAAGUUCACAUGUUUGGGAAAGUGCAAUGGAGAAAUUAGAUGCAAUUCCUGAAAGUCAAAUUGUGAAAAAACUCAAAAUAAGCUACGACUCCUUACAAGAUGAUCAUGACAAAAAUUUAUUCCUACAUAUUGCUUGCUUCUUCGUUGGGAAGGACAAAGAUUGCUUGAUAAGAAUACUAGAUGAAUGUGAUUUCUACACAACGAUUGGUAUUCAAAAUCUCAUUGAUAGAUGUCUUAUUACAAUUGAUAAAAGUAACAAGCUGAUGAUGCAUCAAUUGCUUCGAGAUAUGGGAAGAGAAAUUAUUCGCCAUGAAUCACCUAAGGAGCCUGGGAAACGUAGCAGAUUAUGGCAUCGUAAAGAUUCCUUCAAUGUAUUAAGAGAAAAAACUGGCACUGAAACAAUAGAAGGCCUUGUCCUUGACAUGCAUAUGUUAAGGGAAAGCAAGUCUUCAAAGUUAAUUCUUCGUGCAAAUAUUUCAAAUCUAAGCCACUUCAAAGAGUACUUCUUUGACAAAUCAUCGGUGGAUCAAGAAAAUGCACUAAACCGACGUCAUUUUGGCUUCCUCUCCUUGCACCCAACAAGCACUGAGCAAAGAAAUGCAAAUGAUGUAGGCUUCAAAACUGAUGCAUUUGCAAGAAUGCAAAAAUUAAGACUACUGCAACUAAAUUAUGUACAACUCAACGGAAGUUAUGCGGAAUUUCCUAAAGGAUUAAGAUGGUUGUGUUGCCAUGGAUUCCCUUCAAAAUUCAUUCCCAAAGAUUUUCCUCUAGAUAGCUUGGUUGAGCUUGACAUGCGUUAUAGCAAAUUGGAACGAGUUUGGAAGGGAACCAAGUUUCUUGGCCUAUUAAAAACCCUUAAUCUCAGCCAUUCCCACAGCCUUACAAAAACUCCUGACUUCUCGCUACUCCCCAAUCUAGAGAGGUUGAUUCUUAAAGAUUGUACUAGUCUUUUUAAGAUUCACGAAUCCAUUGGGAACCUAGAGAGACUUGCUCUCUUGAAUGCAAAAGAUUGCAAAAAACUGAGGAAGCUACCGAGAAACAUUGUUAUGCUCAAAUCUCUUGAAAAACUUAUUAUUUCUGGUUGCUCAAAUCUUGACAAGUUGCCACCGGAUAUGGGGAAGAUGGAAUCUCUAAAAGUGCUUCAUGCAGAUGAAACUGCCAUAGAUUAG